AUGGAAAGAGUUUGUAAAAAACAGAGUUCAAUCCAUUUAACAAAACCUACCAGCAGCCAACUGGAAGUUCAUCUCAGGAAAACAGAAUCUUGCAGACUGUGCUUCCAGGGGUUUGACUCCAUCUCAACUACAAUCUCAUCAACUCUGGUGGUCAGGUCCAACCUGGUUACUAGAGCCAGGUUACUAGAGCCAUCUCACCAAUGGCCAGAAUUUACAUCUCAAGAAGAUCCUGAAGUGGACACUGAACGAAAAUCAGCCCAAGCUCACCUCGCAGUCACCAGUCCAAGUUUACCACUUGGUGACUUGCUUGAAUCAUCAUCAAAUCUCACCAAGUUGCUCAGAAUCACUGCAAUUGUUCAGCGAGCAGUUGCAGUCUUCAAGAAAAUUCCUGCAUCAUCUCUUCACAUCUCACCACUCACACCAGCUGAUUUACAUUCAGCUUUGUACUUCUGGAUCAAAACAACUCAACAAGGAUAUUUCAAGAACGAGAUUUCUCAAUUAUCUCAAAACAAACCGUUUUUGAAAUCUCAUCCGUUCUCACGUCUCACAGCUUCCAUCGAUUCUACGUAUAUUGUACGAGUUGGUGGACGACUACAAAAUUCUCAUCCCGACACGGAUAGCAAGCAUCUACCCAUACUACCGAAGAAUUGUCAUCUCUCUCAUCUCAUCAUCUCUGAUGCGCAUGCUCGCACAAUGCAUGGAGGGAAGCAACUGAUGCUAGCUGCCGUGCGCAAGAAGUGUUGGAUAUUUGGGGGAAGAAUCCCAAUUAAAUCUCACAUUCAACGCUGUGUUGUCUGUGUAAGACAGAGAGCUCAGCGAUCUCAACAGUUGAUGGGUCAACUGCCUACAUCUCGAGUCUCACCAUCACUCGUCUUUGAAAGUACUGGCGUAGACUACACUGGUCCUGUUCAGCUAAAAUACUUUCAAGGACGAGGUACACGCUGCUACAAAGGCUGGAUUGCCGUCUUUGUAUGCUUCUCAACUUCUGCAAUUCACUUGGAAGCUGUAAGUGAUUACACUGCAGAAGGCUUUCUCAAGGCGUUUAGGAGGUUCACAAGUCGUCGUGGCAUCUGCAAAACCCUUUUCAGUGACUGCGGAACGAACUUCAAAGGGGCAGAUGUCAUUCUUAAACAACUUCUCUUUGGUGCACUCAACGAAUCAUCUCAUCUCCAGCAAGUUCUCACCUCAGACGGAACUCAGUGGAUUUUUAAUCCACCUGGUGCUCCACACAUGGGUGGCAAGUGGGAAGCCGCUGUAAAAUCUGUCAAACAUCAUCUCCAACGCACCAUUGCUGACCUACUUCUCACCUAUGAAGAUUUCUCAACAUUCCUCACUCAAGUUGAGGCCCUAUUAAACUUAAGGCCACUCAGUGCACUUACUGAUGACCCUGAGGACAUCUCAGCUCUCACCCCGGGUCAUUUUAUCCGAGGUGCGCCACUCAACACUGUACCUGAACCAUGUCUCACCAGUGUACCAACAUCUUGUCUCUCACUUGAUCACAGAAUUCAAGAAAGACUUCAGCAUUUCUGGGAACGCUGGUCUGCUGAAUGUCUGCAAUCUCACCAAUCAUCUCAAAGUGGCAUACAUCUCACCAUGAUAUCAAGAUUGGUUCAUUGGUUCUCAUAG